AUGGGCCGUGUUCGUACAAAGACAGUCAAGAAGUCAUCGCGUCAGGUAAUCGAAAGGUAUUACUCUCGUAUGACACUCGACUUCCAUACGAACAAGAAGAUUCUUGAGGAGGUUGCUCUGAUCCCAACCAAGAGGCUUCGUAACAAGAUUGCAGGAUUCUCCACUCACCUCAUGAAGCGGAUCCAGAAAGGACCGGUUCGUGGAAUCUCAUUGAAGCUGCAGGAGGAGGAGCGCGAGCGUCGUAUGGACUUUGUUCCUGAUGUGUCUGCCAUUGGGACGGAUCAUAUCGAAGUUGAUAAGGAAACUCUUGAGAUGCUUGCCGCUCUUGGGAUGUCCGAGAUUCCUGGUGUCGUUCAGGUUGAUCCGCAACCGGUUCAACCGAUCCCCUUUGGUCGUGGCGGUGCUGCUGGUGCUCCUGGAAGAAGAUUUUAA